GUUAGACCUCUGGAUGCACUCACUUAUGCUUUUAUUACCAGGGACGGGCAUAUGGAAUAUGGUAUAGGACCUAUUUGUUUGUUUCAUAUAAAAAGAACGUCAUCAUUACAAACGAUACAAGAUAACCACGACUUUGUAAGCAGUCAGGUAGCUUUAAUAUUUUCAAAACUGUGCUGAAUUGAGAAUGGCAUCUGGAAUACUUCUUCUCAAGCUUGCCACCAUAUCCAUAGCUUUCUUCACCCUGGCACUGGUCCUCUUCGAUGGAUCGUGGAAUGCAGAAGGACGGAUGAACAGGAUGAUAUGCGGUAUUUGUAGUCUUGGAUCGAUUUUCAUUGCGGGGUUAUUUGCAGUGCUAGCUAGCAUGAGAAUAUCCCCCUAUUAUGAUGUGACCACCACCCUACGACACCUGCUUGAAGUAUGGGGUGUUUAUUCAACCGGUAAACACCAAUUGAAAAAGUUACGCGAAACCUGGAGCCACUUCCGUUCUUCCCAAGAAAACAUCCUCUUAAGAAUCCUCAAAGAGAACUCUCAUACCGCUUAUGGCAAGGAGUACAAGUUCUCAGAUAUCCAUACACUGGAGCAGUUCCGACAACGUCAUCCGGUUGUCACAUACGAGCAUUACCGGAAGUACAUAGAGCGAGCGAAAGAAGGGGAAACCAACGUGAUGACUCCGCAACCUCCAUCGAGCUUCGUCCGGACAAGUGGUACGACUGGCCACUCCAAGUUUAUACCCCUGACAAAUCGGUUAGAUCUUUUAAAAACUAUGUUUGGAAGAUGCAGUGCUAGUGCCUUUGAGAACUGUCCAGGUUUGGGACUUCUGCAGAAGCAGUUCCUGUUCUACGUGGCCCCCAAGAUCACGAAGGCGAAGAGCGGCGCCAAUAUUGAAUCGUUUUUAACUCUCUCCAGACAGCAAGAGGAUAAGUUGAUUCCUUACACUACACCGACUGCUGGCUACCACAUCAGCACUUUAAAGGAAGCCUGUUACAUUCACAGUCUCUUUGCCCUACGCGAACCGACAAUCGGCGUGGUCUUCACCUUCUUCAUUCACUACAUCGAAAGCAUGAUGAAACUUAUGGAACGUCGAUGGUCUGACCUCGUCGACGAUAUCGCUUACGGUACCAUCCACGACGACAUCGAGCUUGAUGACGGUAUCAGAUCGGCAUUGACAACUGCACUAGGAAGCGGCGACCCCGAGAGGGCCCGCUUUCUUAGAGGUGAAUUCGAGAAGGGGAUGAACAACAUUCUUAAGAGAGUGUGGCCGGAUUUUGCCCUGGUGAUUGGGAUUGAUAAUACUGGAAGCUGGCAAAAUAUCGAAAGGAAAUUUGCCAAAGGCAUUCCGCUGCUACCAUUCGUAUACGGGUCCUCUGAAGGGAUCAUUGGUCAUGCACUUUUGACUUUGGACCAGCGGAAAGGAUACAGCCUUUUGCCACAUGAGCUUGUUUAUGAGUUCAUCAAGUUCGAGGACACAGACCAGAAACAACCCGAGACUUACUUGGCAGAUGAAGUCGAGAUUGGUCAGCGCUAUGAGUUGGUCAUAACUCAAAUAAAUGGAUUCUAUCGAUAUAGGAUGGGUGACAUCAUCCGUGUCAUCGGCUAUGAAGACGGCAGCAAAGAAGCUCCUAUCAUAGAAUUCCAAUACCGGAUUGGAUUGAUGCUUAACGUAAGGUACGAAAAACUCAAUCAGAUGGAUGUAAAAAAAACUGUCAAGUCUUGUGUUGGUACAUGGUCCGGAGUGAAACUCGUCGAUUAUGCAGUGGCUGAGAGCAAUCUGAUCAACGAGGAAAGUCCAGCCUAUGAGAAGGAUGAGAUCAUGCCCUACUAUCUUAUCUUCUUAGAAUUAGAGCCUGGAGAAAGGAAUGAACCAAUAUCAUCGGAUGAAAAACGAAUGAUUGAUGUUAAAUUUCGUGAUGUUAACAGCGACUAUGCUAGACUUCGUCGUGAAGGCUCUAUUUCACAGCCCAGGGUCCAUAUUGUGAAACCCGGUACAUUUGAUGACCUCAAAACCUACAUCUUACUACAUACCGAUGCAAGCGCUAAUCAGUACAAAGUACCGCGUAAAAUGCGUACGUCCGGUAUGCUGGAGCUGAUGCUCAAUCACAUCCAAGUUUGAAAGUGGUGUGUUAUCAUUCUAGUCGUCAGUUACAUGUGCACGAAAAUGAAUACUGAGGCCCGUAUUCUGAAGUCGGGUUUAACUUAAACUCAGGUUUAAAGUUGUGGUUUAAGUAUGGGAAGCCAAAAGUAUCAACAUUUUUAUUAAGUUGUACGUUUCCUAUGUUUACUCUGCUCUUUCCUGAUUCAUCGAUGGUGAAAACAAUCAUCUAUUUAUACUUCCUAGAUAAUUAUGAAUGAUUUAGGAGCCAAAUGAGCUGAAAUAUGAGAUCUCUACAGUUAGUGAUUUAUGUAACAAUUGGCCAUCCAUACUUAAACCACAACUUUAAACCCGAGUUUAACUUAAACCCGACUUCAGAAUACGGGCCCAUGAAGCGUGUGAAGUAGGGAACACGUACUGACUUCGAAAAAUGUGUGUGUAUUGGUUGGGAGUGCUGAGAACAUGUCUAAAAUCACAAUUUAAUGGUAGUUUUCGGGUUUUUGGACAUGGUUACUGAAGGGGGAGUUGGCAGCCCGGUGGUUCUGCAGCCCUUCUCUCUUUUAUCAGUAAUGCAUAUGAGCAUCGAAAAGCUUUAUGAUAAUUGUGUUGAUAAAAAAAUUGUAUAAAUAAUAAUUCUUAAAAGCAUUACUGAUUAGUUAAAUACUGUUUACACCCGAAGGAAACAAAUUCAACACGGGCAUACCGAAGCUUGUCGACGAGCUGUUAAUUAGCUGUUUGUAACUCAAGCAUAAACACGAUCUUAUAUGAGACUCACAAUUAAUCUCCAAAGUGGGGAGUGUUAUGUUGGUUUCAUAUUCUCAAACAUGUCAUUUCAAUCCAAAAACGGGGUUUCUUUGGGGAAAAAAACUGCCAUCAGCGUUUAAACAUUUUUCAAAAUAAAUGUUAUAACUCGGGCUUAUUUAAAAACAAAUAUAUAUCGGGGGGGGGGGGGGGGGGUGGGCCAUGGAUUUAUUAAGCCCAUAUUUGUAGGCCCUAUUUGUGUUGUAUGCUGUGUGUAUGCACGUGUGUAUGGUUGUAAUGAUAACAUAAUAUAUGCAGACCAGUGAAAACAUUAGCAAUGAAUAAGGACGAUAUUGUUCCGUAGUCUAUAUGUAGACAUUUGAAUUUAUAUAUUUUUUUGAAAAAAGAUUUUCAUUUCUUUGUUUAAAAAAAAAUCCGACCGACCGAAGCUGUUAUAAAAAACUCCCAUUGGAGGACAACCAAAUAUUGUUUCCCCCUAAGCGUCCUUUAGUGAUGUAACACUUUAGGAAACGUGAACAAAUUAUGAAUUAUUUUGAUGUACCUUAAUAUGAUGUAAUAUGCUUUUUGCAGGUGACUCAUAGGCAACGCAACUCAAAAAAAUAAUUUAGCAUUGUUAAAAUUUUAUUGAAUGUGAAGUCAAAUAAAUAUUUACAUCGAUAAAUGAAAGU